AUGAUAGGUACAGUGAGCAAUCUACAAAACGUCAAGAAGGCUAAAGGUGCAAAUGUAACUUCUAGAGACGAAGGUGAUGGAAUGCCUCAGCUCAAGAAAGGAGUCAAUAAUAAAUGUGAACCGGGCUACAAGGAACAACAUGUCAAGGCUCACCACAUGAAAGUACCUGACGUUCAAUCACAGUCAGACCUUAAAGGCCCAAAGAAUGACACUGGUUCAGAGGAAAAAUCUGGUUCAGAGGAAAAAUCUGGUUCAGAGGAGCAGUUUGGUUCAGAAUAA